CACUUCGGCAAGCCUUGGAGCAGCGGGGACCCAACUUCUCAACCGCCGAGGAUCAUGGCGGAGACUUCGGUAUGCUUGGCAGUUCUGCUGGUGGUGGGCUCGCGCUUCAGCCUCACGUACCAAGGAUCAGGAUAUUCACCAAUAGAAGAUGAUGAAGAUGUGUAUGCACGCAAUACAUAUAAAGAGACACCGUGGUGCUCUCCUAUCAAGGUAAAAUAUGGUUAUGCAAAUUGCAGAAGUCCUCAGGAAAGGUAUUACAGAAAUGUCUUGGGCACCACAUGUGAUAUUCAUUGUCAGAAAGGUUAUGAACUUCAUGGUCCUCAACAUCUUAUUUGCCAGUCAAACAAACGCUGGUCUGGGAAAGUUUUCUGCAAACAAAAACGCUGCCCAACACUUUCUAUGCCACCUAAUGGAGGAUUCAAGUGUGUUGAUGGUGCAUACUUUAAUUCUAGGUGUGAGUAUUAUUGCUCACCAGGAUAUCAGUUAAAAGGAGAUAGAGUAGUACAAUGUAUGGAUAAUAAAGCUUGGAGCGGAAGACCAGCUUCUUGUGUUGAUAUGGAACCUCCAAGAAUUCAGUGUCCAAGUGUAAAGGAGAAAAUAGCAGAACCCAAUAAAUUAACAUCUAGGGUAUUCUGGGAUAUUCCAGAGGGACGGGAUACUGCUGAUGGCAUUUUGACAGAUGUUGUUUUGAAAGGACUUCCACCAGGCUCAUAUUUUUCAGAAGGAGAUCACAAAAUUCAAUAUACUGUGUAUGACAGAGCUGGGAAUAAGAAAACUUGCAAAUUUUUGGUCAAAGUCAGAGUUAGGCGCUGUGGAAAAUUGAAUGCCCCAGACAAUGGCUACAUAAAAUGUUCUGGUGAUGGAGAUAAUUAUGGUGCAACUUGUGACUUUUCCUGCAUUGGUGGGUACGAAUUGCAGGGAAGUCCAGCAAGAGUUUGCCAGUAUAAUUUAGGCUGGUCAGGAACAGAGCCAACCUGUACACCUAUGAAUAUUAAUAUUGGUGUGAGGACAGCAGCAGCUCUUCUAGAUCAGUUUUAUGAAAAACGGAGGUUGCUUAUUAUAUCCACUCCUACUGCAUCCAAUUACUUUUACAGAAUGCAGCUGGGAAUAUUGCAGCCAGCACAAUGUGGUUUAGAUCUCCGGCAUGUUACAGUGAUUGAAUUGGUUGGGGUUUAUCCAGCACAACUGGGAAGAAUAGGAUUAAGACUGAUGUCUCCUGCCUUGGCUGUACAACUCAGGUUGUUACUUCGUAUCCCUCACUAUAACUUUUACAUGGUAGUAGUUGAUAAACAUGGUGUGGACAAAGAACGAUCUCCUUUUCCAGCAACCUCUGCUGAGCUCUUUGCGCUCAUUGACACUUUCCCUUUGAGAAAAGAAGAAAUGAAAUUGCAAACUGAAAUUGGCCGGUCUUGUCCCUGAUUUUAGACUAUAGAUGUUCAGUAUUUUUGCUGGCUAAAUUUUUCUGGUACUACACAAAGCGUGAGAUUUUGAAAGUCGCUGCUGUACAGAACCUUUUUCUUUUAUGUAUGUAUGUGUGUGUGUGUACGUAAGUAUGUAUGUAUAUGUUUAGGCUAUGGAUGUUGCAAAACUUUUCAGUUAACCUACAGUAUAAUUGAUGCCUCUUUGUCUUGUCAAAGAUUUAUUUUCUGCUAUGAAAGGUUCUUUUUUAUUGUUAUUAUUUUUUAAUUAUACAUUUUCCUUUAUUAUACAUGUUUCCAUUUCUGCAACAGCAAUGUACUGUCUAUAUCAAGUCUCUUUUGAAUAUACAUAUUAUACACCAUGAUUAUAACCAUUGUUCUCAUAGUUAUACAAUAUACUCUCUUUUGAAUAUAGAUAAUAUUAUAUACCCUAAUUAUAACCAUUAUUCUCAUAAUUAUACAAUAUAAUCCUCACCUCAAAUGGCUCUAUACACUUUAAUCUAUAGUCAAGUGUGGUCUAGUGGUAAUAUUGCUUGUAGUGUUAUGUUUAUACCUAUCUAUCUAUCUACCUAUAUUAUUUACUUCUAUUUUGGUAAUCAUCUUUAAUUAUAAAGUUAUUAACUUCUCCUUCUGUUUUCUAACCAUUUAUACAGUAAAUCCCAUGUUAAAUAAUACUCUGUUUCCUCUUUAUCCUUAAUUUUCAUCGUUAACCUGUUCAUUUCAGCAGUCUAGUAUUUUCUUUAUUACCUUUUCAUCUAUACGUAUACUUUCAUUUUUCCAGUUUUGUACAUAAGUAAUUCUCACUGCCGUUAUUACAUGUAACAUUAAAUAUAUAAUUCUUUUGUUCUAUUUCCCUGAUAGUAUACCUAGUAUAAACAAUUCUGGUUUUAAAUCUGUUUGUUGUACUGUCAUUUCUUCUAACCACCUUUUUAUCUUUACCCAAUAUUUUUUUGCCAUUGGACAAGUCCACCACAUGUGGUAAUAGGACCCUGGCAUCUGUUCACAUUUCCAGCACUCUGGCAAUAUGUUUUGGAACAUUUUUGCAUUCUUGCUGGUGUCAAAUGCCAUUUAUAGAACAUUUCGUAAAGGUUUUCUUUGUAUGCGGUUGACAUCGUUAGUUUGUAAUUUCUUUCCCACAGUUUUUGCCAAUUGUCUAGUUCUAAGUUAUAUCCAAAAUUUUGGGCCCAUACUAUCAUGAUUUCUUUUAUAUGUUUUUCUUCCAUUUUAACAUUCAAUAAGUAAUGAUAAAUUUUCUUUAUUAAUUUGUCAUCUGUCCCUAGAUAUAUCUGAUCUAAUU